AUGUUCAAAACACUCUCAGCCAAAGCGGCCGCCCAGCUCGAUCAGGAACUCAUGUCCACAGGAGCAUUUUCCAUUGAUCAACUCAUGGAGCUAGCAGGUCUAGCCGUAGCCAAAGCCAUUUACAACCAGUACCCACCUACAAAGUCCACCAAUAAGGUGUUGGUGUUGGUCGGGCCAGGAAAUAACGGAGGUGAUGGUUUGGUAUGUGCUCGUCACUUGAAGCUCUGGAGAAAUUACGAGCCUAUCUUGUACUACCCUAAAAGACCCAAGAAAGACCUCUAUAUUAACUUGACCACCCAAUUGAGUCAAUUGGGUGUGUCUCUGGUCGAUACAUUGGAAGAGGUUAAGCAGUUGUUGCAUGACCUGUCGGUUUCAGUGAUUGUAGAUUCGCUCUUUGGAUUCUCAUUCCGUCCGCCUAUACGUGCUCCUUAUGAUGACUUGAUUACCUAUUUAUCUGAAAAUUCAAAGUCUAUAGCUCCCAUAGUUUCCGUGGAUAUUCCCUCCGGAUGGGAUGUGGAUGAGGGUCCCAUCGAUCAAGAUAUCGAUGCGACCAUGCUAGUUAGCUUGACGGCUCCAAAGCCAUGUGCUGAAAAGUUCUCCAAACCUGGAAAGGUUCAUUACUUGGGAGGAAGGUUCAUCAACGAUACCAUUGCCGCCAAGUACGGCAUUGCUGACUUAAUUAGGUUGUAUAAGAAUGAUGAGCUCAUCGUGAAGCUCUAA